CCUAAUUGGUAGAUAUAUAAAAGGUAAAUCUAUAUAAAUAUGUCUGUUACAAACAAUAUUUUAAAUAAGUAGCUAGGCACUAUGGCAAUUUUCAAAGUGUUUGGACUCAUUGCAGUAUUUAGCAUUUUUGAUCUGGUAUUGGGUGGGUCGCCUUUAUCGGGUUAUGUUGAAAUAAUAUCUAGAAAAACUGGUAAGAAAGUAGGUGUCGAGAAUAUUGAUGACGAAACGGUCUUCUUAUAUGCCAAAGACAACUUAACACUUACAACCUGGAAGGUUGUACCGACCUGUUUUUCCGGCGAAUCCACUAGGGCUGGUUAUUGGAUAAGAUUAAAGGAUCAUGAAAAAUGGCGUUGGAAUCACAGGUGGGGAUGUCGUUUUACAAAUACUUCCAUAAUAGCUUACAAGGAUGGAAAAGACACCAACGAAAAUAAUUACUUUUAUUACGAUAUCACGACGGGAGAAAUUGAAGUUUGUAAGAAGAAUUUUCUAUAUGUGGAUCCAUCUGACUGUUCCAUGAAAUCUUUGGAUGUCGACAAGGAUAAGAAAGAUGACAGAAAGUUUUCAGUAAGAGUAGUCAAGUUAAUACCAGCUGCAGAGAUUCCGGAUUGUUGGAAAUAAUCACAUGAAUUUAUUUCUUGUUACAUAAUUUUAAAAUCAAUAAAGCUUAACCGUUUCACCAGAGUAA